CGACCUGGCAGACAUGCUGCUCCUACCACAGGUCCUACAUUACCGAUUCACAACUUUCUUUCCUUCUCAAAAAACUUGGUCUGUUUGGGAGAUGAUGCAUUAACGUGUUCUGGAAUUUGAAAAAAAAAAAAUCAGGAACGUAAAAGCAGAAUCAGCUGGAAGCAGUAACAGAAGGUGAAAUAGGUGACGGCCAUGCCACGGAGCAGAUACCUCGGUCAGGGGGAGGGCAGGUAUGAGACUCCACCUGCCUCUGAGUUAGAGAGACUACUGUGGAUUAAACCUGGCACCAGCGGCCAUCUCGAUGAAGUCAGACCAGGGAUCUACAUAGGAGAUAUGUAUGCAGCGAAAGACAAACACAUGCUAAAGGACCUGAAUAUUUCACAUGUGCUGAAUGCAGCCCAUGGGAAAUACAACAUAAACACUGGACCCAGUUUCUACAGAGACAUGAACAUUGCCUACCAUGGUGUGGAGGCCUUUGACAUGCCGUCCUUUGACAUGAGCCCGUUUUUCUACUCUUCUGCUAACUUCAUUAAGAAUGCUGUGAGCACUCCAAGAGGUAAGGUGCUGGUGCACUGUGCGAUGGGUCUGAGUCGGUCAUCUACGCUGGUGCUGGCAUACCUGAUGAUCCACGAGAACAUGACACUUGUGGAAGCCAUCAAAGCCAUAGCACAGAACAGGCAUAUCUGCCCAAACACCGGCUUCAUGGAACAACUCCGUCAGCUUGACAAACAGCUGCACUACUAGGGCAGCACCCCCUACUGCUGUACAUUCACACUAAUGCUGACUUCACACAAAUGUCACCAUACGUGAUGUAAAGGAGUGCACACCUCCCACUAACUGACUAGCCAUGUUAACUGUUCAGACUGUGGUGAUAUUUGAUACAUGAGAAACAUUAUAGCAAACCUCAUGUGCCUCACACAUUCUGUGAUAUAGCUUUUGUGCACGUUUUGCUAUUUUUCUCAAUAGUGUGACAGCUAGUUGAUAAACUGCAAUUUCUUGUGAAGACAGUCAUGUGGCCAAGCUAAAUCCCUGAAACAAUUAUAUGGUAGCAGGCCACUGGCUUGAGAGAGUGGGGGAGAGAGAUUGGGGGAGAGAGAGAGAGAGAGAGAGAGAGAGAGAGAGAGAGAGAGAGAGAGAGAGAGAGAAAGCAUAGUGAGACUGUAUGCCAUGCACCCCAGAGACUGCAAAUGGGUUAAAAAAAACAAUAUUUAGAAUUGUUUUAAAAUUGUUGAUUUACAUUUACAUUUACGGCAUUUAGCAU